AUGAAAGCUGCAAUUGAAGAAAAAUCCGCUAUUAUUAACAACUUAAAAAAAGAAAAUACUCAACUUCAAGCAUCAGUCAAGGACCUUACAACCCGCUUAAACAUCGUCGAAUCACAUAUGAGAGAAUGCAACAUCAAAGUAAAUGGUGUUCACGAACAUAAAGCGGAAUAUUUAGCAAACACUAUCGUGCAGUUAGGACAAGCUGUUAAAAAUUCGCUGUCAGUUGAUGACAUCUAA